CACCGAUACACGCCGGCAGAUACGGCCCUCGAUUUCCGCGUUUCCCCCCGAUUUCCAGCAUCAGAACACCCGCAAACAUGUCGCGUUUCUUCUACGGUGGCGGUAGCGACAGCGACAGCGAGAGCAGCUCGUCCGAUGAGGAGCUCUACAGCGAUCGCGAGGAGGCGGAGGAGCAGUCCGAGGAGGAGUCCAGCGAGGAGGGAGAGGAGGAUUCGGACGUCGACUCCUCUGACGAGGAGGAGGGCAAGACCGGUGCCAACCGUUUCAUGAAGAAUGUUUCCGAAAGCGAAGAGAGCGAGGACGAGGAGCGGGUAACGGUCGUCAAGAGUGCCAAGGACAAGCGGCUGGAGGAGCUCGAAAGCACCGUCAAGUUGAUCGAAAACGCCGAGAAGAUCAACGACUGGGCGGUCAUCUCGACAGAGUUCGACAAGCUGAACCGUCAGAUCGUCAAGGUCGCCCAGUCCGGUCCUACCCCGAGAGUCUACGUCAAGGCCGUCGCGGACCUCGAGGACUUCGUCAACGAGACCGUCGCCAAGCAGAAGUCCAGCAACAAGAAGAUGAACGCCAGCAACGCCAAGGGAUUCAACAUGGUCAAGCAGCGUAUCAAGAAGAACAACAAGGACUACGCCGCCCAGAUCGACAAGUACAGGCAGAACAAGGAUGGCUACAUGGACGCCAAGGAGGAGGUCGCCCGCCCCGUCGCCGCUGCCCCUCGCCUGACCAAGAUCGAGCGCUUCGAGGCCGCCCCUGCUGCUGCUGAGAUCGGUGGAGACGAUGGCUUCGCGACCGUCGGUCGUGGCGGCAAGACCCUCCAGUACACUCCCGAGAGCAUCCUGAAGCACCUCCGUGUCAUCGUCGAGUCCCGCGGAAAGAAGAACACCGACCGUCUCGAGCAGAUCCGCACGAUGGAGAAGCUCCUCGAGGUUGCCCAGUCCCCCUACCAGCGCAUCCGUGUCUACCUCACCCUGAUCUCCACCCGCUUCGAUCUCACCUCCUCCUCCACCAGCAACUACAUGGCCGUGGACCAGUGGAAGCUCGCCGAGCAGGAGUUCGCUACCCUCCUGUCCGUUCUCGAGAACAACCGCGACCACGUCGUGACCGAGGGUGCCGAGGAGUGGGAGGACGACGAGAAGCAGCCCACCGUCGCCCCCGGCGAGGUUCUUCACAUCUCCGGCAGCAUCGUCUCGUACAUCGAGAGACUGGACGAUGAGCUCACCCGCUCCCUGCAGCACAUCGACCCCCACACCGCCGAGUACAUCGACCGCCUCAGCGACGAGAAGCAGCUGUACACCAACCUGGUGCGCACCCAGGUCUACACCGAGGGUCUCACUAAGGCGGAGAAGAGCGACCCCAGACAGGACAGCCUGAACCGGGUGGUCAUGCGCAGACUCGAGCACAUCUACUUCAAGCCCUCCCAGGUCGUCACCAUCCUCGAGGAAGGUACCUGGAAGACCCUUCCCUCGGAGCUGGACACCAACAUCACCCCCCGUGGCGACACGGGCGAUGUGACCAACCUGGUACAGGUCCUGUGCAACUACCUGUUCAAGCACAGCGACGGCAUCAUCCGGGCCCGUGCCAUGCUGUGCCAGAUCUACUUCCUCGCUCUGCACGACCAGUACUACCGCUCCCGUGACCUGAUGCUCAUGUCCCACCUUACGGAGAACAUCGCCAACUUCGACGUCAGCACCCAGAUCCUGUUCAACCGCACCCUCGUCCAGAUCGGUCUCUGUGCCUUCCGCGCCGGACUUGUCUACGAGGCCCAGAUCACCCUCUCCGAGAUCUGCGGCAGUGGCCGUCAAAAAGAGCUGUUGGCCCAGGGUAUCAUCAUGCAGCGCUACUCCACCGUCACCCCCGAGCAGGAGCGUCUGGAGCGCCAGCGCCAGCUGCCCUUCCACAUGCACAUCAACCUGGAGCUCCUGGAGUGCAUCUACCUCACGUCGAGCAUGUUCCUGGAGGUGCCCCUGAUGGCGCAGACCUCGUCCUCCCCCGAGCUGAAGCGCCGCAUCAUCUCCAAGACCUUCCGUCGUAUGCUGGACUACAACGAGCGCCAGGUCUUCACGGGUCCCGCCGAGAACACCCGUGACGGCGUGAUCAUGAGCGCCAAGUUCCUCGCGGCCGGCGACUGGAAGAAGGCCGCCGAGAUGCUCAACUCCAUCAAGAUCUGGGAUCUGAUGCCCCAGCCCGGCAAGAUCAAGGAGAUGCUGUCCCAGCAGAUCCAGGAGGAGGGCCUGCGCACCUACCUCUUCACCUACGCCCCCUUCUACGACAGCCUCUCCAUCGCCUCCCUGGCCACCAUGUUCGAGCUCCCCGAGAAGAAGAUCUCCGCCAUCAUCAGCCGCAUGAUCUCCCACGAGGAGCUGGCCGCCGCCCUCGACCAGGUCAACGACGCCAUCGUCUUCCGCAAGGGCGUCGAGCUCUCCCGUCUCCAGUCCCAGAUCGUCACCCUGGCCGACAAGUCGAUGAACCUGCUGGAGUCCAACGAGAAGACUCUCGAGCAGCGCACCCAAGGCAUGGCCAACGCCUUCCAGCGCGAUCAGGGCGCCGGCGCCCGUGGUGGCCGUGGCCGCGGAGGCGGCGGCCAAGCGCGUGGCGGUGCCAGAUUCCCCGGUGGCCAACAAGGCCGUCGGCCGGGUGGUCAGCAGUUCGGCGGUGGUGCUUUGGGCGGUGCCAUCAAGGCUUAAGCUUUAAAAAUGAUUCUUUAAUGGCAAUUCAUUGAUUUCUUUUUUCAUGGUUCUAAUGCUCGUCUCCCUCUCUCCCUCUCUCCCUCUCUCUCCUGGAAAUUUCACCGCGUAUGAUUCCAUGUGCUCUUUCCCCCCCAUGGUCGAGCAUUUUUUUUUUUCUUGUUUGGCUGGGCGGGCGAUUUAGGUCCGUUUCUGGUUUAUUUACUACUGUUGUCAUGCAUAUCGUACUUUUUACCUAUCCGCAGAUGAAUAUUACGUUUGGAAUGAACGAGAAUAGAGAAUAGAGAAUAGACAAG